CCCCUGCCCCCCGCCGCCUGCUGGGCCGGGCCGAGGAUGCUGCGCAGCGCCUCGGCGCUCAGGCUCUCUCCGCUCCAGCGCGCGCGCUAACUUCCCGGGCUCGGCUCCUGCCCGACCGGGCCGCCCAGUCUCCCUCUCUCUUUCUCACUCUCUCUCUGUCUCUCUCUCUCUCUCUCUGUCUCUCUCUGUCUCUCUCGGGGUCAAGUUCUCCAGGCGGCAGCCGCUGGGUCCCCAGCAAACCUACCCGCGCCUCCCGCCCGCGCAUCUCCCCACCUUCGCCCUCCCCUUCCCCGGUCAUGCUGUCCUUCUGCCUCGUGGCGGCCCUGCUGCUGGCCGCAGGGCCCGGGCCGAGCCUGGGCGACGAAGCCAUCCACUGCCCGCCCUGCUCCGAGGAGAAGCUGGCGCGCUGCCGCCCCCCCGUGGGAUGCGAGGAGCUGGUGCGGGAACCCGGUUGCGGCUGUUGCGCCACUUGCGCCCUGGGCUUGGGGAUGCCCUGUGGGGUGUACACACCUCGCUGCGGCUCGGGCAUGCGCUGCUACCCGCCCCGUGGGGUGGAGAAGCCCCUGCACACGUUGAUGCACGGGCAAGGCGUGUGCAUGGAGCUGUCGGAGAUCGAGGCCAUCCAGGAAAGCCUGCAGCCCUCUGACAAGGAUGAGGGCGACCAUCCCAACGACAGCUUCAGCCCCUGCAGCGCCCACGACCACAGGUGCCUGCAGAAACACCUGGCCAAAAUGAGAGACCGGAGCUCCAGUGGGGGCAAGAUGAAGAUCAUGGGGGCACCCCGGGAGGACAUCCGACCUGUGCCCCAGGGCUCCUGCCAGAGUGAGCUGCACCGGGCCCUGGAGCGGCUGGCCGCCUCGCAGAGUCGCACCCACGAAGAUCUCUUCAUCAUCCCCAUUCCCAACUGUGACCGCAACGGCAACUUCCACCCCAAACAGUGUCACCCAGCCCUGGACGGGCAGCGCGGCAAGUGCUGGUGCGUGGACCGGAAGACCGGGGUGAAGCUUCCAGGGGGCCUGGAGCCCAAAGGGGAGCUGGACUGCCACCAACUGGCCGACAGCCUCCGAGAGUGAGGCCUGCCAGCCAGCAGAGGGGUGGGGUUCUGUGCCCCUUAGUGCCCCUGUGCUCUGGGGCUGCAGAGUUGACCUGGAGUAGAAGCUAGGCCUAAGUUUCGGCUCCGCCUCUGGCCCCACCUGAAGUUUCCCUUGGGGGGGGGUGUGUUUGUGUGUAUGUGUGUGUGUGUCUGUGUUCGUGGGCACAAGUGUGCCCUUGGGGUAAGCCAGAGCCUAGAGUGUCCUCUUUGGGCUUAGAUAGCACAAGAGGUCUGAGAGUGGCCAUGGAAAGCCCCAGUGUGUUUCCAAAAUGAUCCUGGAUACAUUCAUUCAUUCAUUCAUUCAUCCAGCUGAAAGCAUUUAUUGACCACAUACUACGUGCCAUCUCUCGUUUUCAACCCUGGGAGGCUUCAUUCCGAUAUUCUCUGGGGCCUGUGAUCGCAAGUCUAUGGAGAAGAGAAACCUUUUUCCUGGAGUCAGGGAGGAAGAAAGUUGUCAACAUUGACCACUGUCUCUCCCCUUCAUCUGGUCAGAGGCUGGGAGGGUGUGGGGUGAAUAGAGGGCUCAAGGCUCUUGAGACCCAGCCAUACUCCUAAGCUAAGGCUUGCCAGCCUCCCUCGUCUUCAUCCCCAAGUGUCUCCCUACCCCCCAAGCCACCUGGGGGGCGAGGGUAGGGGGAGGACUUGAGGAAACAGUCCCACCUUUGGGUGUGGGUAUUGGGCCAUCUGUUUGGUUGCCUGGCAACUGAAUUGCUAUUGUGGGGGAGAGCUGGAGUCAAGGAAGGCCUGUGGGACGGAGGGCAGGGAGUGGUGGCCGUCUCUGAGAAUGCAUGAUUGAACUGAGUGUGCUUGAUGGAGAAGCCCCUUGUGCUGGGAGCUGAGGAGGCUGCGUGGCCAGGGUCCUGUCCCAACCCUAGUUGUGGUCAUGGCUAUGAAGUCACCAGGAUGACCCUGCCUUCCAUCUGCUCACUGCCAUGGCUCUGCCUCGCCCUCCAUGUCUCCUUUCCCUGUACCUCCUGCCCUGUACCUCCCUAGUCCCUUGGGCAUUUUCUGGCUUGGCUAGAUAGAAGGAGACUUAGAGAUCUGCUGGUUGGCUAUGAUGUCUUUUCCUUUUUUCUUUCUUUCUUUUUUUUUUUUUAACAAAACAGAACAAAACCAAAAAAUGUCUAGAUAACUGUGCUUGGUUGUUUUAUUUAUAAUUAUGGGUGGGGUGCAUGAGGGAUGAAGGGAGGUGGGUCCUAUGUCCCCAGACCUGCCUGCCAUCCAGAGGACUGCCAAAGACAGUGAGCCCACCUGACCCCUCUCUAAGGCCUCCGAUUCCUGGUGGGUGCCUGUGGCUUCUGAAGGAGGGUAUUGCCAAGGGGAUCCUUGUUGGGCCCCAGCUGCUUCUGGGUCAGUUGCCCUGUGGAAUGAAGCAUUUCCCAGGGCAUUGGGCAGAACAGGCUCACAGCUGGAUUUGGUUGAUUAAUUUAGCUGAGGCCAAACAGGCCACUCCGUGCAGUUGGGGGAAGGGAGUGAACGAGGGCACAUUCACAGGUCUGAUAUCCAGGUUCCAGACCAGGUUGUUCAGAGAUUUGAUUCGAAGGGGCUGGUAGAGUGUGGCCACCCUUGACUGUACUGUAGACUCUUAGAGCUAGCCAGUGCUUCAGAACGUGGGCUGUCAUCCAUUGCCCAGUGCCAUUCCUGCUCCCACGUGGGUUUGUGAAUCUGUUUAUCUGAGUGUGUGUGUGUGUGUACUCUGAUUGGGGCCCUUUCACUGGUGUCAUAAACAGUCUGGAGUCUCGGCAUGUUGAGUCUUCUGGGGAUGCCUUCCUGUGUCCCUUCACUGUUCCAGAAUCUCCCAGGCUUCAAACGUCCCUGGCUCCCAACCUCCAUGGCACUCCGGGCUGCCUGCAUUGUGAACCUGGGGCUGUAGUCGCCCCGGCUCUCUCUGGCACGUCUCUAGCUCGGCCUCAGCAGGGCAGCCUGCAGCCAUCUGGUCUCCCUGAGACAUAUCCGCAGCGGGAGAUAAAGAGCAAAGUGGAGAACUGUUCGCUCAGACCCUGGCUACUCUUCAUAUUGCCCUCUCCCCCUGGGCUCAGGCCAAGGCAUGUUGGGGUGGGAGGUGGGACAGCCUGAAGAUUAAGCUCUGGGUUCCUAAACCAAGUGUAGGGAAGUAUAGCUUUCCUUAAGGCAUUUUUUUUGUUUUCAUUUCCUCCUUGCAUCCUUGGCAGGAGGUCUUUUUUUUUUCCCCCUCACAGGCUUCCAAAAGCGCAUUUGCCAGAACCUGGGUUCAAUCUGCAGUGCCAUACAUGCACACACACACACGCGCACACACACACACACACACACACACGUGUGAAUGCGGCACAAAACUGUGAUGUAGGAGUAUGGACUUUUACGUGGAUGACACACACCUAUGGGGUGGGUAUUUGGCGGCUGAGUAAGUACAAAUGCCUCUGUGUAUGUGACAUGAGGGUAGAAACGGUGACAUUCCCAGAAUGUGACUCCCUCCUCUGCUGUGAGUGCGUGGGCCCUCACCCUUUAGGUAGUCCCACUGCGGGAUUUGAGGGGAACUGUCUCUAGCCCUAGAGCCCAGAGGCUGUGCGCUUUAGGAGACGUACCUAGACACCUCUUUCCUCCUGGGUAGUUGUUACCAGGAUCUUGGAGCCAGCUCCCAAGUGUCAAGAAGACAAAAGCAGGUCUGUGUUUACCUCCCUGGGAAGCCCUCCUGACCUGGCCCCUACAGAGCCCUGAAUGGCCUCAAGGGGCACUUUUUGAAGCUGUAAUGCAACCUCUGGCAGGUUGGGAAGGAAGAAUGUCCUGAUGAGGCCCCUGUACUGGAACGAACCUGAGGACUGACCCACCGAUAUAAUAAAUACCUGCUGUGCCCCA